AUGAAGCUACGACUGCAUGUGUGGGGCCCUGCCUUUUCAUUGCCCUCAAUUGAGGCGCAAUGUCUGGCUGCGAUUGCAUAUUGCUCAUUAGCCCUUCCAAAGGAUUCAUGGGAGCUAGUCGCAAGCAGCGAUCCCUCCGUGUCCCCUACGGGUGAGCUGCCCGCCCUUCAGAAUGGCUCAAUUUGGGUGAGCCGAUUCCGCAAUAUCGUGGAUUACAUCCGAAAACACUCGAACGGGGAAUGGGAUCUGGAUCGGGACUUGGAAGAGUCAGACCGUGCAGAUAACACUGCCUUCUCCUCUUUCGUCGAAUCCCGCGGUCAAGCCCUUAUCGAUCUCUCCCUCUACGUUACCAGCCAAAACUACUAUGGCAACACAUCACCCGCAUACGGUAGUCUUCUCCAGUGGCCCAAUCAAUGGAUCCUCCCUCCAAAGCUUCACAGCGCCGCUAAGACCCGUACCGAGCCCCUGGGUCUCUCAUCCCUGGACUUACAAGCCAUGGAAGACCAACGACAACGCGAGCACUCGGCCGCCGUAGCCGCUGGACACAUCCCACGGAACUUUAUCCAACAACCGCGUGAAACAGUCAGCGGGCUGCUCGGGCGAACAUCCCAACAAAACCAUUUCCGCAUCGAUGCCCUAACAGGCGAGUUCUUCGAACCUCUAGAAGCCAUGCUCGGUCAAAAGACUUCCCUCCUCGCCGCUUCUACCCCUUCAAGCCUGGACUGUAUCGCGCUCGGAUAUCUUUGCCUCGCGCUCAUCCCGGAUCUCACACAGCCUUGGCUCCGAGAUGCCAUGCGCGCUAAGGCUCCGCGCUUGUCGGCGUACACGGAGCGCAUGCGUACUUUGUGUUUCGGGGAGACGCCCAUUGAAGCCGCUCAUGCGUACACACCAGAGUCAGCUCCUCCAUCUUCUCUGCCAUGGCGGGCGCCAGGACAUAUCUCCGUAACUGCUGUUGGUACUACACUCCUGUCUACGUUGGCAGACUCCACACCAUUCUUAAGUGAGAUCCGUAGGAAUAACCGUCUCAAGCAAGAAGUUGAGUCUGAAGAUUCCGAGCUUAACCCUACAGAACGCACAGCCAUCUCAAUGUACGCAGACGCCAGUAAGAAGGACAUGUACGUGUCUAUUGCGACUGUAGUUGGAGGUGUUGCUGCUCUAGUUGGCUACAUGGUCCAUGCUGGGUUGAUUGUGAUAUCCUCUGGGGGAAACGAACCAGAGGAGGAGGGGGAGGAGGAAGAAUUCUCGGAUUACCUGGAUUCCGGAGCGGAGUUGAAAGUAGCUGACUUUCUAUCUGGGAUAUAA